AACCUCUCAACUAUAUCCAAUUCCACCAUGGACGAAAUGAAUGUUCACCAAGACUCACUAGAGUACACCAAUAAUUUUGAGCUACACGAUUUUGUCGACGAUCCAAACUUCGAUCAAUUUAUCGAUUUAAUUCGAGGGGAGAAUGAAGAUGCAAUAUGUAACUUCGGUUCUAACCUUAUCAAUGAUUGCUUCAUUGAUAAUCAUCACCUUAUUUCAAGUCCUAUAAACCCAUUAUUUGAUCACAAUAUUAAUAUCAAUAAUAAUAAUAAUAAUAAUAUUGUGAAUGUGUAUGAUCCAAGGUGUACCACAAUUUCCUCUUUGUCUUGUUUUGAUGGAGAGAUAAAGGGAGAAGGAGAGGAAUCUUCAGGAACAACAAAUAAUGUUGAUGGAAAAUCUAGGGCUAAAAGUGAUAGAUCCAAGACUCUCAUUUCGGAGAGAAGGAGGAGAGGUAGAAUGAAGGAUAAGCUUUAUGCAUUGCGUUCUUUGGUUCCCAACAUUACUAAGAUGGAUAAGGCCUCUAUAAUUGGAGAUGCAGUAUCAUAUGUGCAUGACCUUCAAGCACAAGCUAGGAAGUUGAAGGCUGAGGUUUCAGGACUUGAAGCAUUAUCAGUCACUAAUAAUUAUCAAGGAUCAAUUAACAACACCAUUAAUGUUCAAUUCACUCAUAACAACUAUCCCAUUUCCAUGAAAAUUUUACAGAUUGACAUGUUUCAAGUGGAAGAAAGAGGGUAUUAUGCAAAAAUAUUAUGCAAUAAAGGAGAAGGGGUAGCUGCUUCUCUUUACAAGGCUCUUGAGUCUCUUGCAAAUUUUAAUAUUCAAAAUUCAAACUUGGCUACACUUAAUGACAAUUUUCUACUUACAUUUACAUUGAAUGUAGAAGGUUCUGAACCAGAAAUUAAUCUUCAAAAUUUGAAGCUAUGGGUGGCUGGUGCUCUUUUGAACCAAGGCUUUGAAUUCAUGCCAUCCUUUCAUACUUGAGUCAUUGCAUGAAGUAUAUACCACGUGAAGAUUGCUAGAAAAAAAUUGAAUGAUAAAAUUUGAGAUAAAUUUUAUAUUAUUUUGCUUCUAAUUUACACCUUAAUUUAAUUUUUUUUUGAAGUAUGAUAUGCAUCUCUCGCACUAUUUGUCAACUAUAUAUAUGAGCAAAUAAAACAAUAACAUCACAACAUAUUGUUGUGACACAUUAAUGCCGUUCA